GGGCCGAGGGCGGGACGUGGGGCGGCGGGGGCGCGGCGCGCGGAGCUGAGGCGUCGGUGGGACUGCGCGGCGGCCCGGGAGCUCGGCAUGGCUCGCCUCGUGCUGGGUCUAAUAAGCUGUACCUUCUUUCUAGCAGUGAAUGGUCUCUAUUCCUCUAGUGACGAUGUAAUUGAAUUAACUCCAUCCAAUUUCAACCGAGAAGUUAUUCAAAGUGAUAGUCUGUGGCUUGUAGAGUUCUAUGCCCCAUGGUGUGGCCACUGCCAGAGGUUGACACCAGAAUGGAAGAAAGUAGCAACCGCGCUAAAAGAUGUUGUGAAAGUUGGCGCAGUUGACGCAGACAAACACCAGUCCCUGGGAGGUCAAUAUGGUGUUCAGGGAUUUCCUACCAUUAAGAUUUUUGGAUCCAACAAAAACAGACCAGAAGAUUAUCAGGGUGGCAGAACUGGCGAAGCCAUUGUAGAUGCUGCUCUCAGUGCUCUGCGCCAGCUCGUGAAGGAUCGCCUUGGGGGGAGGGGUGGUGGAUAUAGUUCUGGAAAACAAGGUAGAGGUGAGAGUUCGAGUAAGAAGGAUGUAAUUGAGCUGACAGACGACAGCUUCGACAAGAAUGUCCUUGAUAGUGAAGACGUUUGGAUGGUUGAGUUUUACGCUCCUUGGUGUGGACACUGCAAAAAUCUUGAGCCAGAAUGGGCUGCUGCAGCCACAGAGGUCAAAGAGCAAACCAAAGGAAAAGUGAAGCUCGCGGCUGUGGACGCCACGGUUAACCAGGUUCUGGCCGGCCGGUACGGGAUUAGGGGAUUUCCUACAAUCAAGAUAUUUCAGAAGGGGGAAUCUCCUGUGGAUUACGAUGGGGGGCGGACGCGAUCUGACAUCGUCUCCCGGGCCCUGGAUUUGUUUUCUGACAAUGCCCCACCUCCUGAGCUGCUUGAGAUCAUCGACGAGGACAUCGCUAAGAAGACCUGUGAGGAGCACCAGCUGUGUGUCGUGGCCGUGCUGCCCCACAUCCUGGACACGGGAGCUGCUGGCAGAAACUCGUACUUAGAAGUUCUUCUUAAGUUGGCAGACAAAUACAAAAAGAAAAUGUGGGGGUGGCUGUGGACAGAAGCUGGGGCCCAAUCUGAGCUUGAAAACGCGUUGGGGAUCGGAGGCUUCGGGUACCCUGCCAUGGCAGCCAUCAAUGCACGCAAGAUGAAAUUUGCUCUUCUGAAAGGAUCUUUCAGCGAGCAAGGCAUUAACGAGUUUCUCAGGGAGCUCUCUUUCGGGCGCGGAUCUACAGCACCUGUGGGAGGUGGGGCCUUCCCCGCCAUCAGCACCAGAGAGCCUUGGGACGGCAAGGAUGGCGAGCUUCCCGUGGAAGACGACAUUGACCUCAGUGACGUGGAGCUGGACGAUUUGGAAAAGGAUGAGCUGUGAGAGGCUUGGCACAGACUUCAGUUUUCUUUUCUUGGGAGCAGAUUUCCCCAGCAGUGAAGGAACAUUCUUCAUGAUCGGAUGAAUCUACCAGUGGCCUUUUUAACCAAGAAGUAGCACUUGAUUGGUCAUUUGAAAACACUGCAACAGUGAACUUUUGCAUCUCAAGAAAACAAUGAAAAAUUCUAUGAAUUGUUGUAGCCGGUGAAUUGGGUUGUAUUCUGUCAAGUAAUAUUUUGGAGAAAACUGAUGGGCUGUUGAAAUAUUUUUCCCUCCCUCUCUCUGACUGCUGCUUGAAUGCUCUUGGAGGCUGUUUCUUAUAUAUAAGUUUUUUAAUGUGAUUCUUUCAUUUGAAUAUUGAUGGCUUUUUUCCAUUAAAAAAUAAAAUAAUAUUUUGGACAAUGCCAAUAUACGUAUGAAAUUAGUGUCCACAUCAUAAAUUCAGUAAAUUUAGCCAUUCAGUAAAUUGAUACCAUGAAGGGAUGACCCUGAUGUCUUUCCUCCCUAUAAAAUACUCGUGAUUCCAAGGACACCAUCUGGACGCCUGCCACAAUACGGAUUUUUACGUGUGUCCCGCAAGGCCAGGUGCCAUCUGUGGAAUGUGAAACGUAAGGCGAGUUUACGGAAAGAAGGAUGAAGAACAGUGGGUUGUCCGUUGAGAACGACAUUUCAUGCCCAACAUUUUGUCUUUGGGCCAUCCCCACUGACUGUUAGGAAAUCUAGCUGGUUAUACGGUCAGCUCAGGAUUUUUAAUGUUCUUCCCAAGCCGUCCCAAGAGAUCCGUUAAGACACAAAAUUAAAACAGCAGGUGACCAAUUUCUAGGCAGUCCCCAUUUAUGUAAAGUGAGGUUUUGAAUUACGUUCGAACAUAAAAGACCAUUCAAAGGACGGGGCAUUUCUUUAUUGUAACUUAAAAAAAAAUAAAUACAACUGUAACUAA